AUGACGUCGCCUGCGAACCAUCAAAGUUCGAUUCCGGCGACCAACACCUCUGCGACCACGGCGUCUUCUUAUGCCUCCGCUGCAGGUGCGCCCAAAAAGUCAUCUCAAGCGCCGCUGGUUGCGACCGGCUCUCAAGCUCCAGUCGUCGUCGGUUCUGCCUCUGCCUCCGCGGCGCAGAAUGCAAAGACGGCUACUCUGACAUCUGUAAACGGCAAACCAGUCGUCGCUCCUGCUGUCCCUGCUGUUGCCCGCGGUAGCCUUACCAACGGUUUCAGCGUGGACCACACCAGAAAAAGCUCCGUCACCAUGGCUGCCAACGGCCCCAACUCUUAUGCUGCCAAAAGUGGUGCCAAACCUGGAAUCCAGUUUGGCUUUGAUUCUCCCGCCAUGGCUCAUAGUACUCCUCAGACGGGAAGUGCUGCGCCCAUCCCCAUCCCUGGGGCUGGAAACCAGCGUGUUCCUUCCCCGGCUCAUUCUCCCUCUCCGAUCCCUCAGCCAUCAGCCAGCGGCGGUCGACCGCCCUCUGGUCUUCAGCAACCUAGCGGUCAGAUGACUUUUGGAAGCCUUAGCAGCGACGGGGAGCGCCACAUGAGACAGGGUUCCGUGCCUUCAAACACAAAUGCCAUGGGGCCCCAACCUGGCGCUCACUUUCGACGCGAAUCGAGCCACUCCGUACAGAGUGAAAACAGAGGCAACUUCCCUCCCCAAGGAGGGCGCGGCCGAGCCUUUACUCACAACAAUCAGUAUAACAACCAGAUGGGCUAUCCUCCUAACAAUCAGUUUCGCAAUGGCCCUGGGCAGAGCCGCGGCAUGCCUCCGUCCUUUCAACCCCAGCCUCGCAACAUGGCAUACCCCAACUCUCCGCAACCAGCCCGAAGCCCGGCCCUGGUACCGUCGAUGCCGAAUACCCCAAACAUGGCUCCUGCCACGGUGCAAUCCAGUAUGCCCAUGCAGACGCCGCCUCAGUACCACUACCCGCCUCCUAUGGCGCCUCAGCAUCAACAAAAUUAUGGUUACCCCCCGCAGCAAAUGGAUCAAUACGGACGACCUAUCUCUAUGCCCUAUAACUACAACAAUGUACCGCCGUACAUGGGGCCUCCUCAAGCUAACUCUCCAGGUUAUAGCCAACCCUUUGCGCCUGCGUACCAUCAGCAAAGCCACCCCAUGUCCCGGAGCCCGUCACAGCCAGAACGGCCAUCGAGCGCCAACCAACAGACGCAACCACUUAUCGUCAGCUCCUCCUCUCAGCCCACCAACACCCCUGGCAAACCCGCCAACAAUUUUGUCAAGCCCAGGAAGAGUGCGGCCAUUCAGAUCAAGAACGCCGCGGGCGAAGUCGUCGACACAUCGACCUUCAAGCAACCGGUUUCCCCCGCCCCCAGCGGCCAGCAGUCCAAAACUCCUCCUGCCAUUGCUUCUACUCCUACCCCACCCCCCAAGUCUUCCACACCAUCACAUGGACGGUCUGAGAGUACCGCCACACCAAAGACUGCCAAAGAAAUUCAGGAUGAGCUGAAGGAGAAGAUUAAGCAAGCUACUCGAGUGGCUGCCAACGAGACGGCCAAGGCGAAGGAGCAAGCCGCUGCCAAGGAACCUGCCGCCGCUCCGGGCACCGCUCCUGUAGAAGCUUCUUCCUCUGUCUCCAAAGUGAAUCCCGACACUGUCAAAGACGCGUCUAGGAACGACGAAGCAACGAAGGUGGAGGACGAUGACGGGCCUGCAAAGCCGGCUGCCGAUAAUGCGGACCCUGACGAGGAUGAGAUUGAGCGCAUGAUUCGCGAAAUGGAGGAAGCUGACGCGAGGCGCGAGAAGGAGGAGGAAGAGCACCGAAAGCGAGCCGAAGCCGAGAAGGCGGCACAGAAGAAACAGGACGAAGAAAAUCGCAAGCUGACUGCCGCUGAGGAGGACCGAAAACUGCGAGAGCAGGAACGUGAAAUGGAGCGAUUAGAGGAAGAAAAGGAGCGACGUCAGAAGGAGGCCGAGUCUUCUGGCAAGGUCUUGUCGGUAGCCGAAGCUCUUGCGGCUGCACGCUCUGGCAAGGAUGCCGAAACCCUGAAUGUCGAGUCGGUCGUUGACAAACUAUCUGGCAUGAAGUUGGCCGACGACAAGACCGCCAGUGACGGUCCUGGCCAGAAGCGCGGAUCAAAGCCUGCUGCCCUCAACCUGGCACCACUCAUUACCAAGCCGGUUGAGCCACCUCAGCCCAGCGCCGCACUCCAGUCUCUAAAGUCAUCUCGGUUCCUGCAGGUCAUGGAUCAAGAUUUAUACCCGACCGGCAUUCGGUCUCCUAACCCUGCCCUCAACGCUGCUGUCACCAAGAAGGGCAAGAGCUUCAAGUACGAUGCUGCUUUCCUGCUGCAGUUCCAGAAAGUUUUUACUGAGCAGCCAUCGGUCGAGUUCCACCAGCAAGUCAAGUCGCUCAUCGGAGACCCCGACCGUUCUGCCCGUGCACAAACGCCUAGGCAGCCCUCUAACCGUGGCAGCGGCGGGUUCUCCAUGGGCACGUUCAACGCGCCUCCGCCAGGUCGUACCCUGCCACCGGGCACGUCCUCUGAGCAGCGCAUGGCAAUGUCCAGCGGUGCCAUGCCCCGACCUCCUGUCGGCUCCAUCGGAUCCUUCCGUGGCCCUGGCGGGGCAUUCCCGGGCACUGCCAUGUCACGCACGUCGUCGCAGUCCAGGGCCGGCGCCCCCAAUUCGCCCAGCGGCCGCCAGUCCAGCCGGUCCACUCGUGGUAGCCGUCGCGACUACAACGCCAAGGACGUCCAGGCUGCUAAGACCAUGCCUUUGACCGCUGGCCAAGACAUCAAGCCCAUAGCUGUCACUACCAAUGGCUGGAAGCCGACGAGCAUCGUCGGCAGCAAGGGGGGUGCUGCCGCCAUCACGGCUGUCCCUUCGGGCUACCUCGAUCCCGAAAUGGUUCAGAGAAAGGUCAAGGCGGCGCUCAACAAGAUGACGCCCGAGAAGUUUGACAGAAUCGCAGAUCAAAUCCUUGCCAUUGCCGGGCAGUCCAAGGACGAGUCGGACGGUCGUACACUGCGUCAGGUGAUCCAACUUACCUUUGAAAAGGCCACUGACGAAGCCCACUGGGCCUCGAUGUACGCAAAGUUCUGCAAGCGAAUGCUGGAGAACAUGAGCGCCGACGUCCGAGAUGAGCGCAUCAAGGACAAGAGCGGCAACGUUGUCAGCGGGGGCAACUUGUUCAGGAAGUACCUCCUGAACAGAUGUCAGGAGGAAUUCGAGCGCGGUUGGAGCACCAACCUGCCUCAGCCCAAGGAGGAGGAGGAGGGUGGCGGGGAAGACGGCGGCAAGAAGGCCCUCGGAGACGCCGCCAUGCUGUCUGAUGAGUACUACGAGGCUGCCGCUGCCAAGCGUCGUGGCCUCGGUCUGGUGCAGUUCAUUGGUGAGCUGUACAAGCUGGGCAUGUUGACGGAGCGCAUCAUGCACGAAUGCGUUCACAAGCUCGUCGACUACAAGGGCGUCCCCGACGAGGCGGAAAUAGAAUCUCUGAGCAAGCUGCUGCGCACCAUUGGUGGCAAUCUGGACUCGACGGAAAAGGGCCGUCACAUGAUGAACGCCUAUUUCCAGCGGAUCCAGAGCAUGGUUGACCUGCCCGAGCUGCAGAGCAGGAUGAAGUUUAUGCUCAUGGAUAUGCUCGACCUGCGAAAGGCGAACUGGAUGUCCAAGGAAGCCAACAAGGGCCCCAAGACUCUGGACGAGGUCCGUGCCGAAGCCGAGGCGGCGGCAGCCAAAGCUCAGGAAUCGGCUCGAAGCAGCACCCGCGGCGGACCUGGCGGCCGUCCGACCAUGGGCCGGGGAGACGCCCGCAACUUUUCCGGCGGCUACGCGCAACAGACGAGCAACCAGGUUGGCAUGGACGACCUUCGCCGUCUCAAGGGCUCUGCCAGCCGAACCACGAGCCAGAACCUGAUGCUCGGCCCCACGUCGAUGUUCUCGUCGCGCAGCAACAGCGGCAGACGUCUGGGACCCGGCGGCUCUUUGGGCCGCCCUGGCGAAGAAUCUGGAGCAUCGUCUCGCACCGGGACACCUCCCAAUCGUGACGGCACGUCCAACACCAACGCGUUCAGCUUGCUGGCGACCAUGGAUUCCGAACAUCCGGCCUCACCCCCCUCUGCAGGACCCUCUCCGGCCUUGGCCAAAGCUGUCCUUGACAGCGAGAAGAAGGAGAGCGAGUAA